AUCAACGUGAUAACCCCAAGAUUUUUGUAUAAUAACGGAAACACGAAGGAGUUGGUAACCAAGAAUUGACAAUGUUUCGUUUAUCGUCCAGAAACACUAGUUUCAAGUUGCAAAUGGCAAGGUACUUGGUGACUGAUCCGAAUUAUGGAUUUUUGAAACAGUUGGGUCUCACGACAGAGAAUCCUGGCCUUUAUGAUGGACGAUGGGGUGGAUCUGGCAAGGUAGUGGAAUCCAUUUCACCAUCAACUGGCAAAGUAAUAGCAAAAGUUAGGACAUCAACCCCGCAGGAAGCAAGUAAUGCUAUUACAGAAGCACGUAAGGCAUGGCCACAGUGGGCAUCGUUACCAGCUCCAACACGAGGAGAGAUAGUGAGACAAAUUGGGGACGAACUAAGAAAUAACUUGAAACCUCUGGGACGCUUAGUGUCUCUAGAAAUGGGAAAGAUAUUGCCAGAAGGUAUCGGUGAAGUUCAAGAGUUUAUUGACAUAUGUGAUUAUGCUGUCGGUUUAUCUAGAACAUUACCUGGCAGUAUAUUUCCAUCGGAAAGAAAAAAUCAUGCACUUAUGGAGAAAUGGAACCCUCUUGGAGUUGUAGGAGUUAUUUCUGCAUUCAAUUUCCCCGUUGCAGUAUACGGCUGGAAUAGUGCAAUAGCAAUGGUUUGUGGGAAUACUGUAGUCUGGAAGGGAGCUUUGACUACUCCUUUAGUAUCUAUUGCGACUACUAAAAUCAUCACAGGUGUUUUAGAGAGAAAUGGUAUACCAGGAUCUGUUGCAUCAUUGGUUACAGGUGGACCAGACAUUGGUGAGACCGUAGUCGAGGAUACACGCGUACCCUUAGUUUCAUUCACUGGAAGUACUAAUGUUGGAAAGAACGUGGCUUUGAAGGUUCAACAACGGUUUGGAAAGUUCUUGUUAGAACUAGGAGGCAACAAUGCGUUAAUAGUUGCUCAAGAUGCGGAUUUAGAAAUGGCAAUCAGAGCAGCAGUGUUUUCCUGUGUGGGCACAGCUGGCCAAAGAUGUACUACUACUAGAAGACUGAUUCUUCACAAUAAAAUAAAAAAUGAAUUUUUGGGAAAAUUAAAAAGAGCAUACGAGAGCAUUCUGGAGCGGAUUGGCGACCCCUUGGAGAAUAAUACUUUAUAUGGGCCAUUGCACAGUCAACAUUCAGUUGAAGAAUUCAAAAAAGCUGUUGACAGUGCUUUGAAGAGCGGUGGCAAAAUAGAAUUUGGUGGGAAGCAAAUAGACAGACCUGGCUUUUAUGUGGAACCAACAAUUAUUUCCGGUUUAUCUCCUGAUUCUGAAAUAGUGCAGAAGGAAACAUUCGCACCAAUAGUCUAUAUUUUUGAAGCAAAUUCUCUAGAAGACGCUAUUGCUCUUAACAAUGGCGUACAACAGGGACUAAGUAGUUCUAUAUUCACCAAAAGUAUAGAAAACAUGUUUAGGUGGAUUGGACCUCAUGGAUCUGAUUGUGGAAUAGUGAAUGUUAAUAUUGGAACAAGCGGUGCAGAAAUAGGUGGUGCAUUCGGAGGAGAAAAAGCUACUGGAGGUGGUCGUGAGAGUGGGAGCGAUGCAUGGAAACAUUACAUGCGACGUUCAACCAUUACAAUUAAUUAUGGAAACGAUUUACCAUUGGCUCAGGGCAUUAAAUUUGAAUAAUGAAAUUGAACGUACGAGUUGAUAUCUUGAAAAUAUUUCAACCAUUUAAUUCGAAUCGUAUAAAAUCCACUUGAACAUCUAUAGUGGCUUUCUUAUGAAAUUUGUAUGCUUUCGGUAGGUCGUAUCUCAAUUCUGCAAUGACUUUCCCUUUUGCAUCAAAUUGUGCCGCUUUCUGAAGUACAUAAUUGCGCGUACUUGUCUUAUGCAAAGAGUACACAGCAUUGGAUGCGAGUUUCGUAGCAAUCUCUAGGAAUUUCAUAUCUACACCUGCGUUACGUUUUGUUCCAAAAGGUGGAUUCAUAAUAACCGUGUCAAAGUAUUUUUCGAAUUGUCCUACAAUAUAAUCGUCCAGAAACAUGUGCAAUAAUAUAGUAAUAAAUUUAAUGUUUUAUAUACACAUACCUGGUAAAUACUGA